UAGGGGUUUAAAACUGCAGGGAGCAUCGUACAGUCUUGGCCACGCUAAGUAAUCAGUCGCUGCUCGGAGGCGUAACAAGACUGGUGUGUUCUGACGGGUAUGAAUCCACAAACAGUAUCGUAGUUUUACAGUUGAAGGGCGAGCUCCAGCAAGGAUGGCGUCCUUUCUACAGAUAUCUGACGAUGAAAAGGGACACGAACUGGGUCUCUUUUGUAUCCCCAAACACUACGAGGGGGAUUUAGACCAUGUCCUCAUUCCCCACGGUCUCAUCAUGGAUAGGACUGAACGCUUGGCCCGAGAUAUCAUGCGAGACAUGGGAGGACAUCAUAUAGUUGCUCUGUGCGUGCUCAAAGGUGGUUAUAAAUUCUUUGCUGACCUCCUAGAUUACAUCAAGGCACUUAAUCAGAACUGCGAUAAGUCAGUACCGUUGACUGUGGAUUUCAUUAGACUUAAGAGCUACUCAAACGACCAGUCAACCAACAAAGUCAAAGUUAUUGGUGGCGAUGAGCUGUCUGCCCUGACGGGGAAAAAUGUGCUGAUAGUUGAGGACAUUGUGGAAACGGGCAGAACCAUGGAAACGCUCCUCGCACUGCUGAAGGAGUACAAGCCUAAGAUGGUCAAAGUGGUCAGUCUGCUUGUGAAGAGAACACCGAGGAGCUCCGGAUACAGACCCGACUAUUUUGGGUUUGAAGUCCCUGAUAAAUUCCUCGUGGGAUAUGCAUUAGAUUACAACGAAUACUUCAGAGAUCUCAGCCACAUCUGUGUCAUCACUGAGCAUGCAAAAGAAAAAUACAAAAUGUGAGAGGAGCAAGCUGGGCAGGCUCACGCCACUGUGAAUGAGUUUCUUGUGUUAACUGCGUUGAAAUUCAAAUUUAUUUUUAUACAUUUACUCUAAGAACACAUUGAAUGUGAUUUUUUCCCCCCUCAAGAUGUUUUGGUAAGACAGAGGUUACAAACGGCCAAGGGGAGAGUUGAGAAAAGCAAUUAUGGAAUCAUGUUAAUCAUGAAAUAUAUUAUUUUAAUAGCAUUAAUUGUAAAUAUAACAAGAGUAUGAGUUCUAUCAUUCUAUUCUAUUUAUCUCAAUAUUGGAGGCCUUGGGUAUACUUGAAGGCAUUUUUAUGUUCUGUUUUAUGUUCUGUAAUACCAAACAACCUCAGGCGAUAAUCCUUGAGAGAAGAAAAAAAAUGUUUUAACUCUGAGUCCAUUCUUAUUUGUCCUUAAUCCUGAAGUUUUUUGUUACUCUCAACACGAGAGAUUAGACUGUAACUUGUAACAAUGAUUAUGUAUUUAUUGUUUUAUUAUUUGUUAGUUGUGGUAAGACCUGCAUUGUGAUAACACUGGAUCCUACGUGCUGGUCUGUUCUUUGUCUUUUCAUGGUGGACUCAUGAAGCAAUAACAAUGAUUAAAAAAAUCCAAGGAAAACAUUA